AAUUAAUUUCACCGUGAAACUAUUAAUGACGACAAUAAAGAGUAUAAAAGAGACAGCAGAGUUUUACUCUAUAUGUCGACAAGUUAAUUCGAAAUUCUUAUUUGUUUCAACCUUAAAACUUUAAAAAAAAAAUGAAAUCACUAGUGUUAAUAUCGUUACUAUUUAUGGUUUCAGCAAGUUUAGAAAGUGACUUCGAUAGUUCAGACAUUUUUGAAGACAAGUCAUACGCUAUUUGCAAAUAUGGUGAAACACAAUGUGGAGAGAGCUGUCGAAACAUGAAAAAAGAAAUUUGUUGUAACGGUAUACCAAAACCAUACCUUUAUUAUGGAAGAUGUGGUUUAAAUGAUUGCAUAAACUGGCAAAAAGAAAUUUGUUGUGAUGGCAUUGCUAGACCAAAGAAAGAAUACGAAAUUUGCGGUGAAAAAUGCAUAAAGUUAAAAUAUUACUACUGCUUGCAAGGAAAAGUUUAUGAAAAAGUAGAAGAUCAACAGUAACGUUUUGCCACGAAACUCUAUAUUUCUUAAACAAAAAUAAGA